AUGCCCACCUCAAAGAGCGCAUCGGCCGCCAAGAGACGGCGCCUGACGCUGGCUCAGCUCGCCGCUUACGACGACAUCCUGACCGAUGCCCUCGUCGACCAUGUGUUUUACUGGACCAGCGUCCCCAAGAACCGCUCCUCCUACCACCCGUCCCGGGGCAUUCGCGAACAGGUCAUCGCCGGCAUCAUACAGCAAGAGGUGGUCGUCAACCGCAGCCUCGAGGCCGCCGAGCGCAAGCUGCUGGCCACCGAUGGCCUCCGCCGAUUCCACGACGGCCUCAAGACGGACCAGGAGCGCGACGACUUCCGCCGCCACCUGCUGCGCUAUCUGCAAAUCUACCUCCCCGACUGCCCGUGGGAGGUGGGCUCCACAAACAGAUACACCAUUGUCACCCACGAGGCAUGCGUCACGGCGCGGCGGCCCAUCCGGCGCAACGAGACGGUCCGAUACCUGUCGGGCAUCCAGGUCAACAUCACCCCCGAAGAGGAAAAGGACAUUGCCGUGCGCAAAAAGGACUUCAGCAUCGUCGUCAGCUCCCGCAACAAGUGCACCAGCCUCUUCAUGGGCCCCGCCCGCUUCGCCAACCACGACUGCGGCGCCAACGCCAGGCUCAUGACCACGGGCCACGCCGGCAUCGAGAUCAUCGCCACGCGCGCCAUUGACCCCGGGGAGGAGAUAACCGUGUCGUACGGGGAGAAUUACUUUGGCGAGGACAACUGCGAAUGCCUAUGCCGCACGUGCGAGAAGAAUUUGUGCAACGGCUGGACGCCCGAGCACGUCGCCGCACCCGCCGUCGAGGCCACCGUCGAGGGAGUGGACGAGGGCUUGGAUGAAGAAAAGACGGAGAGCUAUUCGCUGCGCCGCCGGCUCCGGGACGGCAGCAGCGCCGGCGCCGCCUCGUCGAGAACGCCGUCGGUGGCGCCACUCAUCCGGCCGCGCAUCUACAAGACGAGGAUCAGGACCCCGAGACGGGGCCACGCCAAGGCAUCGUGGUCGGCAGCGACGUCCCCGGCUCCGGACGCCGACAGCCCGAGAGGGCGAAAGCGCUCUGCCGGCGCCAUGGUGACGCCGCCCGUGACACCGGCCAAAAGACUCAGGAGCCUGGCGGAAAGUCUGACCGCCCAAGGUGUCACCUCCAGCGGCAGUUCCUCCAGCGGCAGCGCAUCUUCCAUCAACGGCGACGCCAUGGAAACGGACUUUACCUCGCCCGACAAGGAGACUCCCGAGCCGAGCGCCGAGAAGCCGAUGGAGAGCGAUGCCCCGCGUGCGAUGAAGAGGGAAGAGAGCGAUGCGGCUCACUCCCCACCACUGUCGCAGGAGAGCGUGGCAAGCGCCUCGUCCGAAGCGGCCGUCGCACUCGCAACCACGCCCGUCGUCUCAGUCCCCCACUCGCCGCCGAGCGACAAGCCCACGGCACCUGCGCCCGUCGUCAUAGUAAGCAGCAUCGAGGCGGUCGAUGAGGGCCAAGAAGCUCAAGCAACGGGCGAAGGGGAGCAGAUAGUCCGACGCAGAAAGUACCAACGCCGCGUCUUCAUCAAGCAGACGACGCCGCCGGCUCGAAUGCGGACCCCUGGUGACUACGUGCUGACGCCCUUGUUGCUCUCCGAGCCCGAGAUGGCAUGGAUCCAGUGCAGCAAUUGCAGCGCCUACUUUGUGCAGCAAAACGCCUACUUUACCCGGUCAUCGUGUCCGCGGUGCGAGCGGCACUCGAAGCUGUACGGCUACCUCUGGCCAAAGACGGACAAGGUCGGCCCGUCAGACAAGGAGGAGCGGGUGCUCGACCACCGGACCGUGCAUCGAUUCCUGGACUCGCACGAAGAGCGCAAGGCGAGGGGUCGCAAGUCGUUUGAUCGGGAUGGGACAUGUGAGGCGGAUCAGUCCGACGAUGAGCCCCGUGGGCGCGACCCGGCGAGGGGCCCCGCGAGUUCUGCCAAACAAGCGGCAAGGAAGGGCCACAAGGCCAAGAUGGAGCACGAGAGGGCAGAUGGCGUGGCUCCGCGACGCAGCGGCCGGGCUAGGAGAACGAGCUGCAAGCUGGCGGAGUAG